AUGCCGACGCGCCCCGCUUUCGCCAGCUUGGCCCACGCCGCCCUCGCACCCGAGCGUCGGACACUCCGCGUGCCCAAACCCAACGCCCCAUCUUGGCUCCAGAAAACUAAACGCAACAACGACAACAACAACGACCCAGCAAAACGAAACAAAGACUCAGCCAGACCGAGCGCUGCGACCUCGAGCAGGUGGUCGCCCCGGUCCCCAUCACCAUGCGGCCCAAAACUUGUCCUGAUCCUGCUGGGGCUGGCCGUCCUCUUCCCGUCGGGGAUCAAAGGACCCCAUGUUGAGGGGGAGAAAGAAUCCCCUGCCCCUGAUGACCACGUCUACGGCCCUCAGCUCCCGGGUCCCGUAAAGCUCCCGCCCGAGGACAGCGAGACCACCGCGGUGGGUCUCCCCAACACAGACAGCCAAAUGCCAUCGGCCAGUGAAGUCCUGGACUCGAUACUGCGCAACUACGACCACAGGCUGCGCCCUGGCAUCGGCGAAAGGCCCACUGUGGUCUCCGUCAGGCUCUCCGUCAACACCCUCGGGCCCAUCUCUAUCAUGGACAUGGAAUACAGCAUCGACAUCACCUUCUACCAGACCUGGUACGACGAGCGCCUCCGUUACAACAGCAGCUUGGAGAGCUUGGUGCUUUCCGGCAACUUGGUGAGCCAGCUGUGGAUCCCAGACACCUUCUUCAGGAACUCGAAGCGCGUCUACGAGCAGCUGUUCUCCGAGCCGAGCCAGAUGGUCCGCAUCCACAGGGACGGCAAGGUCUUGUACACAAUCAGGAUGGGCAUUGAUGCUGGGUGUGCACUGCACAUGUUCAAAUACCCGCUGGACUCUCACACUUGCCCUCUGUCUUUCUCUAGCUUCUCCUACCCCCAGGACGAGAUGAUCUAUAAGUGGGAAGAUUUCGAGCUGGAAAUCAAUGAGGAGAAUUCCUGGAAGCUGUUCCAGUUCGAGUUCACAGGUGUGAGCAACAAGUCCGAGACCCUCACCACCAUCUCUGGUGACUACAUAGUCCUGACGCUGUUCUUCAACGUGACCCGGCGGUUUGGCUUUGUGGCCUUCCAGAACUAUGUUCCUUCUUCUGUGACCACCAUGCUCUCCUGGGUGUCCUUUUGGAUCAAGAAGGACUCUGCUCCUGCCCGCACCUCUCUUGGGAUCACCUCUGUCCUCACCAUGACCACCUUGGGCUCCUUCACCCGGAAGCAUUUCCCCCGCGUCUCUUACAUCACUGCCUUGGAUUUCUACAUUGCCGUCUGCUUCGUCUUCUGCUUCUGCGCGCUGAUGGAGUUUGCUGUGCUCAACUUCCUGACCUACAACCAGACGCGGUCCCGCCGUGCGCCGAAGCUCCGCCAUGUACGAGCUGGGUCUGCAGCGGCGUCUCGCAGCCUCACCCGCGCCCGCGCCGCCAGACGUGCCCACACCCGUGCCCUGCAGCAGGAAGCCUUUGUGUGCCAGGUGGAAGAGGCUGAGGAAGAGGAGGAGCAGGAGCUGCAGCUGGAGCACCUGGCCUGCCCAGCCCAGCAGUCGCUGAGCCUGGGGAGCACCCGGCGCACUGGCGGCUGCUGCAAGUGGUACCAUAAGUACCUGUGCAUGGUCCCCUGCUGCCAGGGUGGCCUGUGGCAGAAGGGCCGCCUGUACAUCCAUGUGUACCGCCUGGACAACUACUCGCGUGUGCUUUUCCCCGUGACCUUCUUCUUCUUCAAUGUGCUCUACUGGCUCGUCUGCCUUAACUUGUAGGUGCCGGCGGGCACCCUGUGGGGCAGCCUCCCAGUUCCCCGGGGAAAGCCCCAUGCCCUUUGCUAAGGGAGUUGAGGGAAAGCAGCAGCAGGAGGAGCAGUUACAGGGUCUCUCCCUCCCCGCAGCCCCAUCCCAACCUGCAGAGAACGUUCUCUGCCAGCCCUCUCCCCUGCCCAGCCUAUCCCGAGUCUCCUUGGCAGCUCGUUGCCAAGGCCAUCGGCCCACUCCUGUUCUUCAAGGGGCAUUUAUGAUGCUCAGGCCCUGAAGCCCCUGGCCGUCGGUGCGUGUGCGCACGUGGGAGCAGGUGGGCUACCUCCCAGCAGUGCCGACACCCACUGCCUUUUCCAGGAACCCAGUACUGCUCUCGUGGUGCUCCCGGCCCAGUUCUGGCUCCAGCCUCAAAGUUCGCAGACCAGCUGCCUGCCUGUUAUGCCGCCACCUUACGGUGCUGGGCAGCAGUGUGGGGGAGGGGCUGUCCUCCAGUCAGAUGAUUAUAUUCUUGGUUCUAUCUCCCUGCCCGCCCUCCCACAGCAGAUAGGCAGCCGCUGGCGUUAUCCCUUUAGGCGCAGGGAGCCAGCAAUUGAAGGUCUUUGGGAUGUGUCCCUCCCUCUGCUGCUGAGACACCUUCCUCUCUCCACCCAGCCUCUCCAUCCGCACCACCUGUCCAGUGCCAUACAUCCAGCGGGUAUCUAUUUUUGUGUGUGAUAACAGUAAUGACCCCUGCUUUGUAUGCCACCUUCACCUUCCUCCUUGACCCCCGUGACUCUUUCUGUAACUUCCCCAGUGACUUUCCCGCCCUGACCCAGGUGCUAGGCCAUGUGGCUUCCCAGGGCCAAGGACGUAAGGGGACUCUGGUUUGCAGCUGGCAUGCCUGCAUUGAGCAGUGCCCAGCUAAGGCCCAGCAUGAGAGCUUCGCUGCUGCCUUGGCCCUGGGGCCCAUGAGCCGGUCCACUCCUCCCCGGGGCACUCGCACAACCACAGUCAAUCAAUUGAAUUCCCUUAAAUUUGUAUAGCGCUUUACCUUUUGCAAAGCACCUUUUGACAAAUCAUUUCUAUUUUGAGCCUCGUAGCCCUGUGAUAUACUCAGGGCAGGAUUCUUAGCCCCACUUCGCAGAUGAGAACCCAGAGGCACAGAUUUCUAUGGGACCAUUGAUCUUACUGGAAACUACCCAAGAACCCACUGUCGCCUUGUAGAUCAUAGGACAGGGCAGCUCUGUUGAUGAUGACUUGAUUCUUUGGUCUCUGCUGACACCCCAGUACGCCACCCGAAGUGGCAGCCUGUCUGCCCUCGCCUGCUCAGUUCCUAGGCCUCAGGCCUCAGACUGCCCCCAAGACCGAAACUCUCCUGGCCCUGGCACCCCAGUGAGUGAAUUUGGACACGCCCCAAUGCUUGUAUAUGCUGAAUGAAA